AGUCAACUGCAACGGCUUCUUCUUCUUCUUCUUUAGGACCCCACAGUGGGCAUGCUUGGCAAAACAUCAUAAUUCAUCAAAAUUGGUUUCCUAAUGCAGCUUUUGAAGGGGCAGAAUGAAUUAUUGAGCAUAAUGACUUUUAAGGGGGGUGAAUAAAUAAAAGCAAAAGAGGAAAGAAAACCUUGGGAACCCAUUAGAGCGGAUGCUCAGCUAGUUCACAUAUGCACCAUCAAACCAGAAAGCUUUCUGUCUUUUCUCAAUCCCUGAAAGUUGUUCUUCAAAACCCAGAAAGCAUUCAAACAUGGGUCUGAAUCUCAUCUGGUUACUGAUAAUUCAACUAUGCAUUUCAGCAUCAGCAGAUGGCUUAUAUGAGUUCACUGCCGAAUCUCUGGAUGCUUUCCUCGAAGCUUCAGCUUUCCAAACCGUUGUCCAAUACCGCCGCCACACUGGUGCUCUCUACCAAGCUCUGCUCCCUUCCAAUCUAUCAGGUAUCCGGGUCUCGGUCGUAAGGCUGAGAAGCAGGAGGCUAUGGAAUCUUGGCGCCAACUUCAGCAACUUCCGGAUCCCUCCAAGAACCAUGCCCAUGCCUCACGUCAAGAGGCUGGCGAUUGUGUACCAAGACUUGGGAAAUCGGUCGUCUGAGUACUACAGUGUUGAAGGCUAUUCGUUCCUCGCUCCAGUAGUCGGGUUUCAGGUUUUUGAUGUGUCGAAUAUCAGUGCACGAAACAUGAUCAGAAAGAUUAGCCUUGACACGGGAGAGAAGUCUGUUGCUGUGAACUUCCCAGGAGGAAGAAUCAAGGAGAGGUCUGGAGCACAGUGCAUUGUGUUUGGUAGUGAUGGGAGCUUCGAUCUCAGAGAAAUGGAGGAGUUGGAUGCCUGUUAUGUUAAGGAUCAAGGUCAUUUCUCUGUUGUGGUUCCAGAAGAAGGGUUUCACAGGAAGGAGAAGAAGCUCUGGUUUCUGUGGAUGGUGGUGGGGAUUGUGGUUGGGAUGGCGGGACUGGUUCUGGUGGCGUAUUUCGGAUUCUUGUUGUCUAAGAAGCUUUUGAAGACGAAGAAGAUUCAGGUAAUGGAAAGACACGCUGAUGAAGAUUUAGUUCUUCAAACUGUAUGGAUAAGGAGUAGCAAAAUGCCGUCUGCAGCUGUAACAAGAACUCAGCCAACAAUUGAAACUGGCUAUUUUCCAUAGCUCUCUCUGAUUCACGUUUUGCCUUUCCCUUUUCUCACUUGGUGCUCUGUAUCAGCUGAAAGAUUUCAACUUUCCAUCAUUUUCUUGUUGGGAAAGUAAAACUCGGAUGCAGAA